UAUUUUGUAAAAUAGCUGACGCAUAGUUGGUUGCCCUGCUUAUUCAAAGAGACCAAAAUUGCACGAAAAACAAAGAGUCUUGUGUUUUGCUUAAUUUAAAGAUUAAUAAACGAAUUUAAAAAGGUGAAAUGGCAACGGAAAAUUACUUUGAAGUUACUAGCGAUGAAGAAUUUACUCGUAUACACCAGAGUGGCAACGACAAGCCAGUAGUUAUAGAUUUCCACGCAACUUGGUGUCAACCUUGCAAACGUAUCGCGCCAAAGUUCAAGCAACUAUCAACUACAUAUCCACAAGUGUUGUUCAUUAAAGUUGAUGUGGAUCAAUGUACAGAAACAGCUGCCAGUUAUGGAGUCUCAUCCAUGCCUACCUUUAAAUUCGAACUACGUGGUCGAAUUAUUGAUACAAUGUCAGGUGCAGAUCCAACUGCUUUAGCAACCAAAACUGAAAGUCUUGUCAAUUCCGCUGGAAGCCAAACACCCAUGAAGAGUGAAGUCCCAGGUGCUCCAGGCAUGGUUGAUUUGGAGCAGUUUAUUGUCCAAAAGAAUUGCUUGAAUGAGAACGAGGAUCACCCGUUUAAAUGGGUGUUCGAGGAUAACAAAGAUCUUUAUCUUGAAUCGGAUUGUGAUGCAGAGAUUUUGAUGUCAAUGACUUUUAACCAAUCCGUAAAACUUCAUUCAAUCAAAUGCCAAGGCCCUGACACCGGUCAUGCACCAAAAACGGUGAAGAUUUUCAUCAACCAACCAAACCUGAUGGAUUUUGAUGCAGGCAGGGACAACACACCAGUUCAACAGCUUCAAUUAAGUAAAGAUGAUGUCGUAGAAGGAAAUAUAAUCCCGCUAAAAUUUGUCAAGUUUCAAAGUGUCAACAAUGUAACUUUGUUUUUUUCUGACAAUCAAAGUGAUGAAGAAGUUACUCAAAUUCAACGAAUUGUAAUUUACGGGAAAACAAUUUCAACAACAAAUAUGGAAGAAUUCAAACGGAUUUCUGGAAAAAAAGGAGAAUCUCACUGAGGCGAAGCUGUGAAAUGGAAGAUUUUAUAUGAUAUUUAUGGCACCUCUAGAUGAAAAGUUUUACCAUUUUACGCUGUUUUCCCAAUCUCCUCCACCUUGAAUAAAAUACAUUACAUUGAUAGCGACGCAUACCAUGUAUUAAAGCUGGCACCAAAUCAAUACAAGGGUUUCGAACUCUGUUAUUGCGCAAUAUACAAGCAAAAUAAUCA